AUGACUGAUACAUCUGAAGAAUCUUGCUCAUUUGAAAACUGUAUUAAUCCUUCUGAGGCUCAAUGCAUUUGCUUAAUCCAACCAAAAUCUUAUUGCAGAACCCAUUUAUUUAAGCAUUUAGAAAAAUUUGACCUAGAUCACAAAACCCAAAGGAUAGCUAAUUAUGACCAAAAAAUUUGGCGAGAAAAAGCUGAAGAAAUAAAUAAGAUUUCAACUGAUUUAAUGAACUAUAAAGAAUCCUUUAAGCAAAAAAUUGAAAGUCUCCUAAAAACUGAUGAAUUUUAUGCAAAAAUUGAAAAUAACCUUGAAAUUGCAAGACAAUUGACUGAAUUUUUGACAGUAAAUUGCUCUAAAAAUAGUCUAGGAGUUGCAUUUGAGACUAAGUUUGGCCAAUCUUAUGAAAAAAGUCUAAAUGCAUUAAAAGAAGAAAUCUUAAUAAUAUCCAAAACUGUUGAUGACAUAAAAGAUAUAUUUCUAAUAAAAUCAGACGAUUUUUGAAAAAGCAAAGUUUAUAAAGAAAUAGAUAAUUCAGACUAUAAAGCCUUAUGCAAUGAAAUAACCCCAUUAAAUAUUGAUUAUUUAUACUCCCAAACAAUUCUGAAAUUUUUUGAUGAAAUCAAAAAUUUCAAGGACUCUGAAGCUAAUCUUUUCGACAACCUUAAAGACCAUUACUUUAAUAAAACCAAUUUUUGUGAUAAAGAAAUUAUCUUAUCUAAUUUAGCUGAUAAACUAUCAGAAGAAAAUCAAAAAUUGCUUUACAAUAUUGUCUGCCUUUCAAGAAAAAAUAACUCUAUAAUUCAAUCAGCUUCCAAUGCUUUUUCAAUUUUAUUCUAUAUUCAACUAUUAUUAAUAAGAUAUUGGAAACAUUGACACUAAUUUUUACAUAAAAAUAAAGGAAAUAAUAAAUUAUUUUGCGUGAAAUAGUCUAAAAACGCUUACUCCCCCCCCUCCGUGAGUGAACAAAAAAAUUUUGUUCACUCACGGAGGGGUUAAAUUUUUUUUUUUAAAAAAUUUAUAUAUAAAUUUUCUAAAAAAUUUUUUUUUUUGAAAUUUAAAAAAAUCCUAAUUUGCAAAAAUUUGAAAGCAAAUAUUAUUUAAUUUAUAAAAUUUAUGUUUUAAAAUGCAAUUCAUUUAAAAUUAAACAGAAUUAGCUCAGAUUUCAUUAUAUUAAUUAUCAUUUAUAUAUCAAAAUUUUUUUCUAUAAAAAAAUUUUGUUCACUCACGGAGGGUGGGUUUUUGGGCAAAAAAUGGCGAUUUUUCUAAUGGUUUUGUUCACUCACGGAGGGGGGGGGGGAGUUAGUAAAAUCAAACUAUCCAUUUACUUUUGCAAAUUUUUCUAACGUAAAAAUUCCUUAUGCAAAUUUAUCUGGUAAAGCUUUCUAUAGGACUAAUUUUGGCAACGCAGAUUUAAGCUAUUGCAAUGUUUCUAAAAGUCAAUUAUUAAAUUGCUUUGUAAAUUGCUUAAACUUGACUGGGGUCACUCAAUCUGUUUCAUCUGAACAAUUAGUAAUCUAUUGUGUUUCUUUUUCCCAUAAUGAGAAUUGAAUUGCGGCUUCUCAACUUCACAAAAUCUUACUUUAUGCAUCAGAUUCCCCAAAAAAUCCUAAAGAACUCUCUCAUCGUGAUAUUUCCUGUGCUGCUAAAAGCAUUAGCUGGUCUUUCGAUGACAACUAUCUUGUAUAACGUCUGCAUGAUUUAGUCUCCUUCAGGCAAUAUUUUUCCGCAUCUUGGAUCUGCCUUGUAAUCUUAGGGUGGCUCGUCAGAAUUCCAAAUUACGUCAAGGCACGCAAAAGAGUGCAGACGCUAUAUCUGGACACUACGAAGGACACAUGUUUAUAUGGGAUCUAUUAAACAAAGAAAACCCGCUUUUAAUAAGAUUGGAUAAAUAUCACAAUGAAGAAAUAUUAUCUGUGUCAUGAAGUCCUAUCGACUACAGAAUUGCUUCUGGGAGUGCUUCCCAAGAUAUAAAAAUAUGAGAUAAAGAAACCAGUCAAAUUUUAUAUCAGAGAUAUAAGCAAGGCUAUUGAAUUUUAGAGUUAUUAUGGUCUCAAACAGCUAAAUACAUCUGCUAUAGGCUUGGGAACGGAGGAAUUAAAAUAAUAGACAUAGAAAAUAAAGAAACAUUAAAUAUGCAUUUGGGCUCAGAAAUCUGCGGCAUCGAUUGGAUUUUCUAUGAUUUUAGUGAAUUAAUCAUUUAGAUUUUAUACAUUUCAAAGUGGUAGCAUCAGCAGCCUUUUUAUCUAGAAGCAUGCUAGAUGACGACCGAAAGGGUGAGAAGAUCUUCAUGGGCAGCUUUUUACCUGCUAAGAGUAUGUUCUGCCAAAAAUCACCCUCCUUGGAUCUAUAAGGCAAUAAAAACUAUAGUAGUCUCUUUUCUUCCUUAGGCAACGAACUACCCUACGUGGCAGUAUCAUAUUGGCAUUGUGGAUUAGGUCCACAUAGAAAGCAAGCCCUAUAAUAAUAAAAAUCAUGGAGGAGGAAUAGUUCUCAAAGAAGUGCCGAUUUCUUACAUGGCAAUUUUAUUAUUAUUGAUUAGCUAUGAUAACUAUAUUGCAUUUGGAGCAUUGAAAAGUAUUAAAAUAUGGGACUAUAAAACAAAUACAAUAUGCAAUACCUCUAAAAUAGAAUUUUCUUCAAUAAUUAAGUGCAUUAAGUGGCUAGCAGAUUGAUAUCUAAUAGCUGCAGGGCUUGAGAAUGGAACCAUAGUUAUAUGUAGUGUUGAGGAAAAUGAAGAAAGGAAUGCUGAGUUUGAAAUUAGUUUUUUAUUUAAGUUUAGAGGGCAUGGAAGCGAUGUAAGAUCACUUACAUGGUCUUGCAAGGGAAGCUUACUGGCAUCAGGAAGUCAUGAUGGGACUGCAAAAAUAUGAAAAAUAAAAAGAAAUUUUGAAGAAGAUCUAAAUUCUGAAGCAACCAGAUCGUUAACUUUAAUUACAAAAUAUGAAAAUUCAGAUAACUCCACAAUCGAAGAGGCUUACUUGCAAGAUAGACCGAAUUCAGUUUUUGAAGAAUUUUUAUGGUCAUCAGAGCCUAACAUCUUUAUUAAUUUAUCACCAUAA